AUGGCGUCGACCUCCAGUGCUUCCAAGGACAUCUUUAUCGACCCCAUUUCGCACUCGACGCCGGCGUCCACGGCCUGGUCAUACUUCAACCCUCUCAGCCCGCUCUCCAAUGCCUAUGACCGUGUGCAGCAGUGGAGGGCCGACCUCGGACUCCCCAACCCGGGCACGACCGAGAACCUCCAGAAGGAGGUUAGGGCGACGACGCUUACGAACCUCAUGUUUGAUGGCGGCCGUGCCGACCUGAGCAAGACACUCUCCGCCAAUCCGCUCUUUCAAGUCACCCACUCCUUCUCCCUCGGCUCGUCGCAAGUCCCGCCGUCAUACAAUUUUGCGUCUGUGUACGCGACGGAUAGCGUCUUCCUCCAGGGCAGCAUCGACCAUGACGGCAACGUCAACAUGCGCGCGAACCAGGGCUGGAGUCCCAACAGCGUCUCCAAGGUGCAGGGCCAGUUCUCCCAGCAGAGCGGGCACCAUAUGGUGCUCGAGCACGACUACCAUGGCCGGGACUUCACCAUCAACCUGAAGGCUAUGGACCCGUGGCCAGCGGACAUGACGGGCAUGUUCACGGGCAGCUACCUGCAGUCCUUCACCAAAAACAUCGCGGUCGGCUUUGAGUCGCUAUGGCAGCGGGCGCCUCCGUUGGCGAACGACGUGAUGACGUCCUACUUGUUAAAAUGGACCUCGGACGACAAGAACACGAUCUCCACCGCGCAGGUCCAGUCGGGCAUCCUGCAGGCGACGUACUGGCAAAAGCUCAGCGAGAAGGUCGACGUCGCGGCGGACCUUCAGGUCGUGGCUCUCCCUCAGCGGCGCGAUGCCGUUGCGACGCUUGCGUGCAAGUACGAGCUGCGUCUUGCUGCCUUCCGCGCGCAGCUCGACUCGACGGGCAAGGUGUCCGCAUUCCUCGAGCAGCGCUUCUCCCCCGCCUUCUCCUUCCUUGUUGCCGGCGAGAUCGACCACUUCAAGAAUGCCGCCAAGUUCGGCGUCGGCGUCAUGAUCGAGAGCUCAACACUAACCCCGGAGGAGAUGGGCCUGCCCCCACAACCGUCUGGGAUCUAG